AUGAAAACUCAGCGGGGAGAUGACAACAGAGAAUCACUACCUCUAGAUGUGGUGAUCGAGAUACUCACAAAAUUGCCUGCGAAAACUCUAUUUAAAUUCAUAUGUGUCUCGAAGCAAUGGUGUUCCAUCAUUCUUAGCCGAUCAUUCAUCGACUCGUUCAUGUCUCUGUCUUGGUCUCGACCACGUUUCCUCGUCUGCUACAGUAUUCGUCAUGGUGACAAGAGACGACUGCUCUUUUUCUCUUCACCUCUUCCUCCCCAUGAAGAUUCAAACCAUUCAUCAGUAGUAUUCAAACACGACUUGCCGGACUCAGGAAACAUUUCCUUUGAGUACACACUCUUCAGCAAUUCUGUCCGUGGCAUCAUCUGUCUCUCGCUCGAGAAUCUUGAUUUUGUGAUAUGUAAUCCAACAACAAGACAAGUCAUAAGUAUACCUAAUGACCCAACCAGGUAUGAAUCUAAGAAUAAUGUAUGUUUUAUGUACGUGGGAUACGACACAAGCAAUGAUCAGUUCAAGAUUUUGAGCACGGUGAGGUCCCUCGGUCUCGAGUUCGGACCUGUUGAACACAGUGUAUGUACGUUGAGAAUAGGAAGAGGCGGACAAUCUUAUUUUUCGUCCUGGAGGCGCUUCGAAAGGAGUAUCCAUUAUUUUCGCACUACUAAUGCUUUAUGCAUCAGUGGAGUUUUGUAUUAUGGAGCUAGGAAAUAUGCAAAGAGCAGAGAUGUGAUUGUGAGUUUUGAUGUUGGAUCUGAACGGUUACUUCUCAUGGAAGCACUUAAGGAAGAGAGGUUAAUUCGUCUAGUAGACUACCGAGGGAAAUUAUCCUGCUUUUGUGUCGACAAUGGUAAUAGUUAUAGUUUGUGGAUUCUUGAUGAUGCUAAGAAGCAGAUUUGGUCGAAGAUUUCUGUUUUUUCGCCUUCUUUUUGUGAUACAUAUCGGAAUCUCAAUCUGAGAAUAUGCGGCGCCACUGAUACUAGCGAGAUCAUUUUUGUGGAGAGAUUAACCGAUCUUGCCUUUAAGCUUUUCUAUUACGAUUUGAAGAAGGAAAAUGUGAGUAAAAGAAUUGGAAUUGGAGGUCUCGCAGAGUAUGAUAAGGUUAGGCGUAAUCCUGAUGACAUUGUUCGGCAUUUAUCUAUUUCAUGUGAGCAUGUGGACAACAUCGUUUCUUUAUAG